GAGUGAGGAAUAUGCAACGGAUAAGUUUUAUUCAAUUCUUGUAUCGACAAACAAUACCACAACUGUACAUCUAGCCUUGCGCAUUUUCAAUGUUAGCGUAUUGGGAAAGAAAGAGGAGAAGAACAGCUGAUGGUGUUUCAAGCACCCAUGUAGCAAAUUUAUCCUACGUGUGAAUGAUGAAUGGCCCAGAAUUAUCUAUCAUUUGCUUCGCUUCUCAACUAUGGUUGCAGUCAGUAGACUUGGAUGUAAAUUCCGAUUGGUGGUCAAUUAUGCGCUCUACAUUCAGCUGGCCUUGGGCCCAACGUCUUCAAUUCAGUCUUUUACUUAACUCUUGUUAUCGAGAAAGCUUCAAUUUUUGAUCAGGAACUUUUCGCCGCUAAAAUGACUCGCGCAGCCAUUUCAACCGCGAAAAGUCAUCGACGACGCUUUCGCGAUUUCAUUCUCUGCCGUCCUGCUUCUGAAUCAAUUUCUCGGGAUUCUAUAUUAUCUAAUCAUUCAGUUGCACAGGUACAUCCUGAUCCAAAUCAAGACUUUUUUGAUAAUGUUUGGGAACGGCUUUCAGCUCAGGAGCGAGUCACAAUCGAACAAUUAAAGAUCACAAACGAUAUUGAUGCAACUCUUGUUGCAACGUUGAAUACAGCAGGAGAGAAAAAAAGACUGUGCGAAGAAAGAAGAUGGACGUUUCAACUCGGAAAACGGACUUUGGUGUUACGAGACGAAGCUGAGAAGGUUUUAAGAGGUCUUCGAAAAUUCAAGGAAGUUGGAGAUAUCAUUGUGAAUGUGGAUCCCCUCCAUGCUGGAUUGCCAUGGGCUGCCAUUCGGCUACUACUUGAGGUAACAAUUUCCGAUAGCAGUCAAAUGGCUGUUCUUCUAGCGGGCCUAGAGAUAGCGCUUUCCAUGAUGAAUAGGUUGAAGGCAUAUAUGAAAUAUUUGGAAGACUUGCCAGCAACAAAGGAACGAGAAAAUUUCGAAAUAUCAUUGAUAGAGCUUUACGUAAUAACGUUACAGUUCCUCGUCCAAGCAAUUCAGAUAUAUCAGGAAGAUACUCCCAAAAGGAUCUGGAAAGCUUUCUGGCAGCCUAGUGAAGUGCUGGAUUUCGAAAAUCGAUGUGAUAAAAUCGCUAGAAAGGCAGAGAUUGAGGCCGGCAUUUGCGACCGCAAUCUUAAUAUUUCUGACCGACAACAAACAAAUCAAAAACUAGAAAACCUUCGCGAGGUACUCAAAGAACUGGAAGAACUGCGAAAUAUCAAAGAAUCAGUUAUAAAUUUGGAAAAGCUGCCAAUCGCCAAAAAUGCCACUUUCGAUUCAUAUCAAGACGAGCAUGAUGCGAGAUGUCUUCUAGGUACUCGAGUUGAGUUACUGAAACAGAUUUCAGGAUGGGCCGAGGACCCUAAGGGCAAAUGCAUAUUCUGGCUCAAUGGAAUGGCUGGUACGGGCAAGUCUACUAUCUCUCGUACAGUUGCUCAAUCUUUCGAGGAAAAUAAUCUAUUGGGAGCAAGUUUUUUCUUCAAACGAGGCGAAGGUGAUCGUGGAACGGCAAGCAAAUUUUUCACAACUAUUGCUCGUCAACUAGUGGUUAAGCAGCCACAAAUGGUACAGUCUAUAAAGAAAGCGAUUGAUCUCGAUCCAAACAUUUCCGACAAAAGUUUGGCAAAGCAAUUUGAGCAAUUGAUUUUCAAGCCACUUAAUGAGUUAAAUUCUUCACCACAGACAUUAGUCCUGGUGAUUGAUGCGCUAGACGAAUGUGAGCGAGAAGAAGAUAUUGGAGUAAUCCUACGCCUCUUAACACAAGUCAGAAAUAUAGCAUCGAUAUGUUUACGCAUUUUCGUGACCAGCAGACCAGAUCUUCCAGUCCGUCUUGGCUUCCAAGAAAUGUCAGAUGCAGCACAUCAAGAUUGUAUAUUGCAUGAGAUAACUCAAGCGACUAUCGAGCGUGAUAUAUUCAUGUAUCUCGAUCAUGAAUUUGCGAAGAUAAGGACCAAGAAUAAAAUAUUAGCCGUUAAUUGGCCAGGCCAAGAAAGUAUUCAAGCUUUAGUUCAGAUGGCUAUUCCCUUAUUCAUCUUUGCAGCUACAGCAUGCCGUUUCAUUGCAGACCCAGUAUGGAAUCCAGAGGAACAGCUGGAAGCCAUCCUUCAAUAUCGAAUGGUCGAAAACAUGUCAAACUUUGACAGAACCUAUCGACCAAUCUUAGAAAAGCACCUUAUCACCCAAACCACUAAGAAACAAAGGGAAACUUUGAUUCAACAGUUCAAAGAGAUAGUUGGGGCGAUUGUCAUUCUUGCUGAUCCGCUUUCUGUUGUCUCCCUUGCAAGGCUUCUGGAUGUCAAAAAAGAUUAUAUAGAGCGACGCCUUCAAUUUCUACACUCAGUUCUUGAUAUUCCUUCCAGCGAAGAUGCGCCAGUAAGGCUCUUUCAUCUUUCAUUCCGGGAUUUCCUCCUUGGCGAUUCAGAAAAUGAUGAUAUUCCAUUCAAAAUGAACGAGAGAGAAUUACACGGAAGAAUAACAAGCAAGUGCCUUGAGCUCAUGUCUAAGCCUGGGUGCUUGAAAGUAGAUGUAUGUAAUCUAGGCGAACCUGGAACAUUAAAAACCCAGGUUGAUGAGCAUGAUAUAAAUGAAUAUCUACCACCACAUGUUCAAUAUGCUUGUCGUUAUUGGGCUUUCCAUAUUCAAGAAAGUAACAUCAUACUUCUUGACAAUUGUCAAGUUCAUAAAUUUCUUCAGGAACACUUUUUACAUUGGGUUGAAGUUAUGAGUUUGAUGGGAAUUAUUUCAGAAUGUAUUACUGCAAUAAAUAGUUUAGAAUCACGUAUCUCGGCUGAGAAAGCUCCUGAGCUCUUCGCUUUUGCCCACGACGCCAAACGUUUCGUCCUUCACAACCGAAUAGGAAUUGAACAAGCUCCUCUUCAAAUCUAUUGCUCAGCCCUUGUCUUUGCUCCUGAGGAGAGCAUCAUUCGAAAAAAAUUUCAAGAAUGUAUCCCCGAUUGGAUUUAUAAAAUAUCAAGAACAAGAUCAAACUGGAGUGCCACCCUUCAAACACUUGAGGGCCAUUCGGAAUCGGUUACAUCGGUUGCCUUUUCGCCGGAUGGUAAAGUGGUAGCUUCCGGCUCUAAUGAUAAAACGAUCCGGCUCUGGGAUGUAGCAACAGGUGAAUCGCUUCAAACACUUGAGGGCCAUUCGGAAUCGGUUAGAUCGGUUGCCUUUUCGCCGGAUGGUAAAGUGGUAGCUUCCGGCUCUGACGAUAAAACGAUCCGGCUCUGGGAUGUAGCAACAGGUGAAUCGCUUCAAACACUUGAGGGCCAUUUGGAUUGGGUUAGAUCGGUUUCCUUUUCGCCGGAUGGUAAAGUGGUAGCUUCCGGCUCUCGUGAUAAAACGGUCCGGCUCUGGGAUGUAGCAACAGGUGAAUCGCUUCAAACACUUGAGGGCCAUUCAGUCUUAGAGGCAUCCUCAGUCUUUGAACGCUACUCUAUAUCAAACCAUUGGAUAAUUGAAAUAGUAGAUAAAGGAAUUAGAAAUAAGAUUUGGCUACCUCCAGAUUAUCGACCAUCUAGUACAUCUUGUUAUAAGGGAAUUAUAACUAUGGGAUUUCCCUUUGGUGGCGUUUUCAUCUUGAAACUUGGGUAUGAAAUUUUAUAUUCUCUAGGUUAAAAUAAGCUUUAGUGUGAACUAUCCAUUAGUCACUACAUCAUUUUGAUCUAUAAUAUAAUAUUCCUUCUUCUUUUUCUCUUUUUUUUCUCUCCUCUCUUUAAUAGAGAGGUUGGGGGAAGUCUGUGAUUAUAUAGACUUCUGAUUUGUCACCUCAAUUCUAGUAUAUUCUAGUAUGGUUAUACAACA